CCCCUGGACGCGGGAGGCGGAGGCUGAAGCUGGGGCGGGCGCUGGCUGGGGCUGCGUGGCGGCGCGGGGGUGCGGGAGUGCCGCCUUAGCUCCGAGCCCCUACUCCGGGAGGAGAACCCGGCGUCGAGCGCACGGGCUUCGCGCGGAGCCGAGACCCAGCCUGGGGCGUCUCCCCACGCCCGCCCCCCGCGCGAUGCUGCGGGCUGGCCGCUGGCUGCUGCCCCGGGUGUCCCCGGCGUCCGCUGCUGCCCAGAUACUAUGUGUAAAGCUAGCUGGAAAUAGGAAAUACCAUCAGUCACGGCUUUACAGUGUACCGGUGCCAUCUGAUGAGGUAGUCAUUAAUUACAGAUAUGGUCUUCCUUUGAUAACUCUGACUUUGCCAUCAAGACAGGAGCGCUGCUGUUUUACAGUCAAACCCAUGUUAACCACGGUUGGUUCAUUCCUCCAGGACAUCCAGAAUGAGGACAGAGGUAUUAAAAGUGUAGCUGUCUUCACCACAGAUGGGAGCAGUAUUCCAACUUCCACCCCGAUGGAGAUUUUGCUUAUGAAUGAUUUUAAACUGAUGAUAAAUGACAUGACGUAUGAUGUUCAGUGUCCUAGGAAAGAAAAACUGAGCAGUGAGCACACCACCAACAUGGAUGACAUCAAGUCCUUGGUACAGAGGCUCUUUACCGCCCUGCACGUGGAGGAGCAUCAGGUCAGGAAAGAACGCAGUUUACUAGAGAAGAUUGAGGAGCUGAAGGAGCAGCUGCAGCCCCUGGAGGAGCUGAAAGCUAAAAUUGAAGCUGGCUCAGAGGCCAAAACCAACAGACUCUUGUGGACCGGCCUGGCCUUGAUGUCCACUCAGGGUGGAAUCCUGGCGUGGCUCACGUGGUGGGUGUACUCCUGGGACAUCAUGGAACCCGUGACCUACUUCAUCACUUUUGGCAGCUCCAUGACCUUCUUUGCUUACUUCCUCCUCACUCGACAGGAUUAUACUUACUCCCUCAUCAAGAACCGGCAAUUCCUCUACUUCUUCCACAAAAGACUGAAGAAGAAGGAUUUUGAUGUGCAACAAUAUAACAAGUUAAAAGAGGAUCUUGAAGAGGCCGAAGAGUCUCUCCAGCGUCUGCGCCAGCCUCUCCACUUGCGGUUACCAAUCCAGGAAAUCAAAGAGAAGAAUUAAUGUCUGCUUUUAUUAUUUUACGAAUGUUUAUUAGUUUGUCUCUGUUAUGAUAGAUUUGAAUAUUUCGAUAAGGAAGAAAUAAACUUUUUUUAGUUAAUG